AGGCUAUCUGUGUUCUGUACCGCUCAUUGUCAACGCAGCAAUCAUGGCCAGCAUUUCCGCGUGCGAUGAACGACAGCUGCAGCGAGAACGGAGACUCGUUCGACUUGCCUAGCCCCGACCAGCCGCCGAAAAGUACCAGUGGGCCACAACACAGCGAGUUCGGGCCGGGUCGGGCCGCCGCGUCCCUAGAAAUUCACCUGCGCGGGUCGCCGGAACGGGAACCACGUGCCGUUUCCUGGACCGUCGCCUGCUCCCUCACGUCCCUGCUCGGCAUGAACUGCAAGUCCCGUGCUGAGGCCUUUGCUCGCAGUCUGCAAAGCAAACUACGUCACUUGGGGUCCAGCGGGUCGCAGGAGGAGGAGGAGGAGGACGACGGUGGCGCCGGUGAGAACGGCGCCGAGACGGAGCAGGACCCCGAAAACCGCCCCGUGUCCGCGCCCGAGCCCAGCCCUGAACCCAGCAAACUGCCGUGUGCCGGGGGGUGUCCAGUGACGUUGGGCCUGGCAAAGGACACGGGUCGCCUACUGUUCGUUCGUCGCGAGGGCGGCCGAGCGGCGCCGGAAGGCGAGCCCAACGGACGCGCCAUCGACCUGUCCUUCGCUCAGUCGCCGCCCGACAGCGACGCUGGUUACUACGACUUCGACAUCGGCAGUCCAAUGAGUCCUGAGGAUUCCUGCUCGCAGCAGCCGCUCAUCAACCGCCGUGACGACUUAUUGCGACAAACUGGCGACGACGAUGUCGACGUUGAGAAAGAUGACGACGAUGGUCGCAAGUCCGGCAGCGAAGGCGGCGAGUCUGGCUGCGUGUUCUCGACGCCGGACGUUGACGGACGUCAGCAGGAAUUAUCGCUGGUGGACGCCGCCAGUGACGAGACGACGACUUCCGAUAGCUCCGUGUCGCAGUACUUCGACGUGUCGGAGUUUUGGUGCCAGACUGCCAAAUUGACCAAGUCGAAUGUGUACGACGCCUACAACUCCCUCGACACCGUGCCGACACCGUGUCAGACGCCGUCUCCGCCGAUCCUCGUCGUCGUCGUGGAUCCGCCGCCACGAAGAACAGCCCGCCAGUGCCAGCUCAGCGACGCCUCGGAAACUUCGCCGGCACAAUUGCGGACUUUUGAGGAACUCUGCCGCCGUAGUCUGGAGAAGGAGCACCACGAAAAGAAGCACAAGUCCGAGGCCGCCGAAGAGCGAGAAAAGCGCCUCCGUCGGUCCUCGUCUCUCAAGAGCGGGAAAACACCGCCGGGAACGCCGGGGCGGAAAAAGAUCGUUCGGUUUGCCGACGUCAUGGGGUUGGAUUUGGCAGAAGUCCGCAGUUUCCUCGACGAGAUCCCGAACGUGCCCAAAUCUGCGUACAAUGACCUGGACGCCGCCGUUUGCAGCACGAACGACACUUUGUCCUACACGUCGGUCGUGAGUCCGGGUGACGCCUUGGGCGUGGCGGCGCUGCCCGGGAACAUGGCGGCGGCGGCGGCGCAUCCGCCGACUUUCAUCCUGCUGCCGUUGUUCCAGCAACCCGGGGCAGUGUAUGGGUUCCUGGAUCGGGUGCGGGACCACGAGGUCGUUCUCGAGAGAGCCGUCGAACGGGAAAUGGCCAUUGAUGGUGUCGUUCGCGUGCACAAUAUCGCCUACCACAAGUCCGUUUUCAUCAGGUAUACGGUUGAUGAAUGGAUAACAUCCCGUGAUCUCCACGCAUCCUACUGUGAAUGCUCCUGCGACGGGUUCUCGGACAAGUUCACAUUCACGAUCUACGCGCAUUGGAUGCGCGAGGGGCAACGGGUGCAGUUCGCAGCUUGCUUCCAGGCCAACGGUCAGCAGUACUGGGACAACAACUACGGAAACAACUACAUUUUCCAAUGCUACAAUGGACCCGGUGCGACGGCGCCGACGUCCUUGUCGACAGAUGGCGACAACUGGCGUCACUUGGCGCAUUUCUGAACUCCAUGGAAGUCCAUCGCGUGUAUCACUGUAAUGUAUCAUCGUAUCCUCGCGGACUAUAUAGAAGUUUGACGGCGCAGCUGAGAAAGCUUGCGAUGGUUACACUUUCUGUACGAUAGAGAUUCUUCCGCUUGUCUGCCAACACCUGCCGCCGUCUCAUCCGUCAAGCAGGGAAAAACGAAUCCCCUUGUUUCAUUUCUUAAUUUUUCAAAGACCAUGGCCAAAGGCUUCGACGCGAGAGGAAUGCUGUAAGAGGGCCGGGAAUUUCUUUUUUCGCGGACUCGCAGAAGUACCGACUUUACCUCGGAAGAUUGAUUGACUUCCGCAGGCUGUUUGUUUACGAACGAAGGUUGAUUAGAAAGUGAUCGAAUCUGUCAGUUUGACAGGAAACGUCCUCGGUUUCAUGGGGAUUACCGCGUUAUCUUGCGUGUGAGAGUUUAUGCUUAGAGGAAUAGAAAACAAUACGGAAGGCACGAAUCUGCUGAAAGGGCUCGCAGAUCAGCUAGCGAAUGUUUCUAGCUAGCCCUCGAGCUGCGAAACAAAAAUUGCAAUUUAAUAUGGUGUUCAGGGAAGGGAGUUGCAACGAAGAGUGUAGCGUGAUUUUUUUAACAAUUCGCGGAGACGAAAUCUGCACGGUUUUAUCGAGAAUCAAAGAAUGAUGCUUCGGAGGAUUGGAGGGAUUCAUUUCCGCGCCGUUGAGUCAGUGUGAGUUAAUUUUUUUAGUGAGGGAAAAGAAGAGUGAAAGAGACACCUCGUUUUAGUACAAUGGAGAGCGACGGUAAUAAAGAAAUUUUUUUUUUACCUGAGUAGGCAUACUAGGCAAUAACGGGUUCGAAUGGUGCUCCGGUUAUUGGAAAGGUGGAACCUUGAUUGGUGCAAGCUUUUCGGUUUGCCCCCGUGUUACACGUCAGUGACCCUAUUCGCGAUCGCAUCGGUCCCUCCAGGUCAGACGCAUUUCUGUGAUUGUUGAAGAGCGAGUCCGUUUUAUUCCAGGAUGACACGGGUCUCCCAUGGGGACUUGUGCUCGCGACGAGCGUAGGCGUAGGCCAGUGAUAGCAACCGUUAAUUUUUCCCUGUUGGAUGCCUGGAAACAUCCUUGUUCUUGUUAUUAUGUAGGCAGCCGUCAGAUAUCGUUGAUGUGCUUUUUUUCGUUUGUUUGUAUUGUAGGGUUCCAGCGCAAAUACGUACGCAAAGCUGGCCUCGGAUUCAGUAUUUUCCCCAGAGGUCGCUUCUUGUCAACUAAAACGCGGUUCUUCCUUCCGAGCUGAACUCCUGGCUUGAACACGCGUGUGCUCCAUCUCGCAAGAAACAUCCCCCGUUCCUUCUCCAUCUUACUUCUCUUAAAUGCCGUAUUUACUUGAGUAUCACGUGCACCUUUUUUCUCUCAAUUGAAAGGAAACAAGAGGGGGUGGGCGAAUUUUUAAAUACCCGAAUACUGUAUUUAUUCGAGUACCACGCGCACCUUUUUUCUCAGAAUUGUAAGAAAAGAGGGAGUACGCGUCUUUGUUAGGAUAAAAUGUUUUUAAAAUAUUGAAAGUUUAGGUGUGCAUCUCACUUGAAUAGAAUGGGAAAAUUUUGGCAGGACAUUUUUGGAAUCUUAAAAUGUAUACAUUUUCGGAAUAUUGUAGUUUUUCAGUCACUAAAAAUGGAGUGCGCGUUUUUCACGGGGAUAGGAUUUUACGAAAUUUUUGGACGAAAAGUUUGUCUCCUAAGUGUGCGUGUUACUUGGGUAAAUAUAGUAUUUUCAGCCAGUUUCGCGUUUCGGAACAGCGCCUACCCAAAACAGCGCACGUUGAGCAUAGAAAAGGGCACUGCGGAACAGUUUUUCAGAAUAAGUUGCAUUGGGACUCAGUGCUUUAUAAAUUUAUAUAUUCUGAACAAGCUCAAUGAUCUUGAAUGCAAUGACAGAAUUGAAAAGCAUUCGAAAAAUUUUUAAAUCACGGAUGAAUUUUAAAUUCAUGCUUUCCUGGUCCUUUUUUCUGAGCCUGAAUUGCUUUUCUUCUGAAGUUUUUGUCCAGUCUAAGCGACGCGCGCUGUUUUGGACUCGCUGUCUUGGGUCGGGCCGUUCUGAGAAAACCUCAGCUGUACCAUCAGUAUUUCCAGCCGCUCGAAGAACGCAUUCUGUUUCAUGAAACAUUAAAAAACAAUGUGUCAAAACAUGAAUACCUCAAAUCGUAUUAUUUUCCUACGAGUAUAAGCAAUUGAUGGAAAAUCCCAACGUGAAUUUGAGCGGGGUCAUUUGUAUCGUUAAAGUUGCCAGAAAAAGAAAAGAAAACAGCACAGCGAGCAUUUUCUUAAGAGUUAAUGUGCUUUACUGCCGCUUUCACGACCGGGGAAAUCGUGUGAUGAAAACUGUUGAAACGUUGUUAUCGUGUUUCAAUCUUUUAACCGAGGGAGAGAAUUUUUUAUUUUUCGAAAAAAAAAGCCGACGGAAGAAACAUGUCGGAAGAGGUAUAUCUUCUCGGAGAAGGGACAACGAUUUUUCACCACCCGGAAAUAUGAACCAGUCUUAAUCUCAUGCAAGGGACGACACUGAAUUAUGCAUCGAAUAUGCAUGUCACUGGAAUCAAUAUUUAAAAGAAAAUGAAGCGCAAUCGGGUGAAUUUUUGCAGCAGCAGCAGCAAGGUUUUGUAAUCUCCGCUUUUAUGAAGGAACGAAAACAAAUUUGGACACGCGCUGUUCGGCCUCGAGAAGUUUUUGAAAAACGCAUGGGAGAAUCUGGAGUCGAAACUCAUAUUACAAAAUUUAUCUUGGCAUAGAAAAUCUUCGAAAAGCGUCGCAAGAAAAAAGUAGCUUGCCGAGUCUAAUUAGGCGGCCUUCGCGGUUGAUAUUUUCGUUGAGCCCAAGAGAUGUGCCACCCAUUGUUUCCGCGUUUGUUGGAAAGAUUCGAGGAAAAUUUGAGACUGUUGUUGUCAUGGGAUGUGAUAAGUUCCAAUCAAAGUUCGGUAGGAUGGCUCUUGCUUUGCGCGGCGAGGCUCUCGAUUUCGUUUGGUUCCUAUUUGCGUGGCUGUAAUGAAUGGACGAAUUUGCCUUAUGAUUUCAUUUCAAUUGAGCAACUCGACCGGCGUUCCUUUCUAAAAACCCGCCAGGAGUAUUCGCGAUUUUGAGCAAACUUUGACUGGGUUUUAUUUCUGGAGCAAGGACGUCGAAGCGAGGAAUUAAGGGGAAGGUGUUUUUUGCGCAGUGAUGGUAUCAUUGCCGAUUCCUGUUUUCGUAUCUCUCCCGUAUGCCGAUUCGGCAGAACAAUUAGCUCGGAUGCCGGACAUCCCGGCGUUUCUGUUUCAUUGCAUUUGACUUGAUUUGAAAUUUCUUGUGUGUUUUCUUUUUUGUUCUCAUGCUGCUCCUGGCUGCACGCAUUAAUCGUUCUGAAGUAAAACUGUGCCAUCGGGCUUUUCUCAAAGAAAUCAA